ACACCACAUUUAUUGUCUACAUUAACCUAAAAACUGGAAGCAAUCAUUCCUCUAUUCUCCUUCUCAUCAUCUUCAACCAUUCACAAACCUGUGAAAAAACUUUCCCUUCACCUAAACAACAAGAAAGAAACUCCACGAAAAUAUAUCACAUGGGCAUGAUGGAAUAUACACCUACCUCCAUAGCCCCUUUGCUUCUUCGAAACCUUGUCACUUCUAUAUUCAUCUAUGCAGACAAAUCCCUUUUAAAUUUGGCCCAAAAAUACAAACCCCUCGAACUCAUUCGCUAUAUUCUCAUCACUUCCUCUCUCUUCUUCUUACGUUUACUCCCAUCUCUUUUCCCAUCUUUUAACUCAAAUUCGGAAGAAAAUAAUCAUAAUUUCAGCUUUAAAUCCCACAAAAAUAAUGUUUACGAGCUUUCUUGUGGCAGCGGUGACUCGGGUAUCGCUCGAGCACUUUCACAAUUACUAUCAAUUGUCAAUGAUAUCCCCAUCAACUCUCGAAAGUAUGAAGUUGUGAGAUCUUUAGCGGAGAGGCUUAUUGAUGAGAAUUAUAGAGAGAAUGUUGAGGCUUUACAUGAAGUCAACCGGACAGUUUUAACGUCAGCCUUUGCAAGGGCUCUUAGCCAACUUGAAGCCGCGGUUGUGGAACUUGGUGGUGAUUUGGUAAGUUCUUGGCCGGUUCAGUAUCGGUUCAACCGGGUUAUGCGGGUGGUUCAGUUGAGGGUUGGGUGGGGAAAGGAGGAGGUGAACCGAUCUGGGAGAUCGGCUGAGAAGCAGGCGGCUGAGUUACUGUGGCUGGCGCAGAAGAUGGCGGCUUAUGGGUUUGCAGAGGAGGCUGUUGAAAGGUGGGCAUCGGCUUCCAAUUUGGGGUGGCUUGCUCUUUCAGCUGAGCCACGAUUGCAGGGCUCAUUGGUCAGGGUUUCAGCAUUUUUGUUCAAGCAAGCCAAAGAUUUGGGAGUAGAAACAAGUGAUGAAGAAGAAGAAUAUAAGAAAGAGCAACAACGAAAAACAAAAAUGAAGAUGCUACUGUCAUGGUUACCAUUACUUUGCAGAGCUAGCAAUGGUAUGGAUGUGCCAGUUCUAAGCACAAAUGAAAGGGCUGAACUGGAGAAAGUACUGGAACAGAACAUAGAAAUGUUGGAACAAGAAGAAGAGCAAGAGCAAGUAUUGUCCCUAUGGCUUCACCAUUUCACAUAUUGUCCAUACUCUGACUGGCCCAACCUCCAUGCCUCCUAUGCUCGCUGGUACAAUGCUUCUCGCAACCAGUUGCUCCUCCAGUAGUCUAAUAUAUAUCAGCCAUUGAAUUGGUAUUCAAUAAUACUAUGCACUUGUUUAGAUACCAAUUUCAAUUAUUGAUUGUAAUUUUACAAUGUUAUAUAGUCAGAGAGGUUACAUAUGUAGAAAGAAAAGCUGCAUAUGUAUAUAAUUCUUAUUAGUUGAUAAAUCUACUCAACAUUCCAUCAAGGUUAAAAUGGUUAGUAAACCAAUUAUUAUUUUAUUCAAUGUAUAUAGGGGCAGCUAUAAUUAAGCCACUUUUCUGAUAGGCCACGACAUUGGGAUGAGCUGGGACAUGAAGAACAUUGCUUGCAUGCUCUGUUUUACGUGGGGUGUAGUUCAGUUAUUAGCUUGUAUUUGCAUGCUCUGUUUUACAUGGGUUGUAGUUCAUUUAUUAGCUAAUAGUUUCCCUUUUAUUUCGGUUUUAGUGUAAGUGGCUUUAUUUAAGCAACCGAAACUUAUCAAUGAAAGGAAGUAAUCAUUUGUUAUCCAAACCUUGC